AAUGCCACCCACCUGCCUCUGCCCUGCCUCCUACUGUAUGGAUGUGGUAUUAUUGUCGUCUUUAACCAGUCACUUUUUGUGAUAACAAGAGGAAUCGUGAUUCUGUGAGCAAGUUGCUGUCGCUAGUGGCUUUGGCUGAUGUUUUACAGUCUUUGUCGCUCGCAAACCGAGAGUGAAACCGCACACAUCAAGGCAGGAAACCAGAGAGAGAGAGCGAGAGAGAGGGGGGGAGAGCAGACAGACAGACAGACAGACAGCAGCAAUCCACAUCGCUGGCUCUCGGGAGGAACGCUUCACACACGGAGCGUGUGUGGCACCAGCAGAAGAGGAAACGGGGGAAGUUCCGCUGGAUUUGGUGGAAGCUGUUCAGGACGGUGCGUUUUAACUGCAGCCAUUUCCUCACGAAGUAAAGUUCAGGACCAGGCUUCACUGAGCUUCAGUGAUGGGGGCUCAGCACUAGGAGAGGCAGCUGCAGAUGGAGGCGUCCAAGGCUUCUGGCCAGGCUCUGCCUCUGGUCCAGGUGGAGUUUAAUUACGAGUACACAGCCAGGGACGGACGGCUCAUUACCAUCCGGGAGAACGAGAGAUAUCAUCUCCUCUCGAGAACCACCCAGCACUGGUGGCACGUCAGGAAAGACCAGGAGACCAAACCCUUCUACGUCCCGGCCAAUUACGUCAAGGAGCUGCCCGGCUCCGGGCUGCAGUGCGUGAAUGGAUCAGCCGUUACCGGGAGCCGGGAGGAGAUUAGUCCAGGUCUGAGCGAGUCUGAGCCACGACUCCCAGAGAUGCACAGCUCCUCAGCUCCUGCUCCCAGCCCAGAGGUAGAAAAAAACACACCCGCACACAGUCCGGCCGAGAGCCAGUGUGGCCAAGGAUAUGCGGUCAAUCCACCGGGCAGAGCGAGCACUCCGCAGACCAGGACGCAGACACCCGAUGGAGCUCCGGCUUCCGGCGAAGAGAAUUGUCCCCCCGCGGCCAUGAUCCCCAGCGACCUGGGCCCAAUCUUGGCGUCCGCCACCAAAAUACCAAAAGGUCAGAGUUCAACGCUGCGACUCUCCUCCAAAGGGAAGACAAACCGUGUGCAGAGACUCAGCCUCACAGAGAGGUUCUGUCCUCCGGUUGCUCUCGGCUCUCAGGAACCCGGACACAGCCUCCGGCCCACCAAAGCCAACAGCCAAACCGACAUGGUCAACUCAACACAGCACGGGACCUGCAGUCCCAGCACAGACCACAUGGGGGUGACACUGCCAUCCCCCAAAACUUCCCCCACUCAGCUCCUGCCCCAAACCCCAGACUUCGGCUCAGAGAACAUCUACGAGACCAUCCCAGACCUGCCAUUGGCCAAGGCUGCAGCUCCACUGGAACUUGUGCCCACACACACACCCUCACACACUCCCAAACACACACCCUCACACACUCCCACACACACACCCUCACACACACCCACCCACACACCCAGACCUACACUCUCACCCAAGCCGACACUGUCACCUUCACACGCACCCAGUCCCACACGCUCACCCAAGCCAACACUCUCACCCAUACACAUACCCUCAGACACACCCAUAUACUCACCCGUACACAAAGCCUCGCACACAUCCACACCCAGCCCCACACUCUCACCCAAGCCGACACUCUCACCCGUACAC